CGAACAGUAUUCGCGUCAUACAAUGGUUCUAGCCUCUGAUUGGUUAAGACGGCAGCGCGGGAAAACUGUUGACUGAGGCAGACUGCACCUGGAGAGCGGAGAUGGAAUCCUCUGAGGUGGAAUUUCUGGCUGAGAAGCAACUGGUGUCCAUUAUCCCCAACUUCAGCCUGGAUAAGGUGUACCUCAUCGGGGGUGACAUAGGUCCUUUCAACCCUGGUCUCCCUGUGCACGUGCCUUUGUGGCUGGCCAUUAACCUGAAGCAACGUCAGAAAUGCCGCAUUGUUCCUCCAGAGUGGAUGGAUGUUGAAAAGUUGGAGGAAAUGAGAGACAAUGAAAGGAGAGAGGAUACCUUUACACCAAUGCCUAAUCCACAUUACAUGGAACUUACUAAAUUAUUAUUAAACCAUGCCUCCGACAACAUCCCAAAGGCUGAUGAGAUCAGGACGCUUGUUAAGGACACAUGGGAUACUCGAAUUGCCAAGCUUCGGUUGUCAGCUGACAGCUUUGUGCGGGAACAAGAAGCCCAUGCCAAGCUGGAUAACUUGACGUUGAUGGAAAUUAACACCAUUGGAACUUUUUUCACGGAGUCUUUAAACCACAUGUAUAAAUUACGAACAAGCCUGCAGUACUCAGAGGAUGGACAGUCCCAGGAAUACUGACCCACCCACCGAUCCAAAAUAAUUAAAAAGUGGAAUGGAAUUAGAUUCUUGCUGAGGUCAUUGUGACUUUCUAUUAUGUUCUCCAUGCCAAAGCUUAGUUCCCUGGCACAUACAGAUAUCUGUGCUCCUGGACUACAGCAGACGAGUGAAAGAGACCUGCUGUUACCCUGCCCUGCUAAUAUGACAGGCUAUGUAUACCUCCUGUAUUCUGCUGUUAUUGCUUCAAGUGAGACUGAAAUGUACUUCUGCUGCAGGACAGUGUAGACACAGUGAAUGUCCGCUCACCAGACACCAGCUACACGUACAAGAAUAAUUGCUCAAGCACAUAGGAACUGUGAUGUACUGUAGUGUGGAAAUUGCAGUUUGAGUAUUUACUGUCUGUGGAAGCAUCUCAGCAUUGCAUCCACCUGACCUGUUCACAAAUGUAAAAUAAAUACUAGUUACCUUCCUCUGUUACUCACAUGCAGCUUUAUUCUUAAUUUAUUACAGAUUAAAAGUUUUUUGUUUGUUUGUUUUUUUUGUUAAAGAACCACAAAAAUGUCAGACUGAGCCCAUACAAAAAAUCUUUAGUUGUGUUCAACAACCCCUUUAAAGUGAUGAUUUAAUUAUCCUCUAGUAAAAGUCACUACAUUUAAAAAUUUAUGUGGAAGCUCCAGCUUACUUCUGGGAACAUUUCUCCUAGGCUGGCAGCACAGAACAGUCAGUAACCUUUGACAUUAUUUCUUUAGACCUAAGACUGGUACCAGGAACCUCAAGAAAAGAUCUCUUACUCUAAAUUUACAUAUAACUUGGCCAAUUUAAAGAAUUUUGAUGGUGUGAAAGAUCGUUGUGUAAAUUUGUGGUUGGAAAUCUAGUGUUUUGAGGGGAAAAAUGAAUAGUCAUGCCAUGACUAAGGGCCAAUUGGCCUGAAACACGUCAGGUUCCAGAGGUGCUCCUUCUAUGCCCUAAUGCACUUUUGUCCUAGUGCUCAGUUUUCCUGCCUUUUAUAUGGACUUUUAACUAUGACUUGAUUAAAGGAAUGUUUUU